GACUCCCUCCUCUGCCCAGCCACAGCUAAACCUUUCUCUCCUGAGCGGCUCCACGAGAGGUUUAGUCUACCAACCCCGCAGUCACUGGACUAAUCCUCUUGUUGCUCAAUAGUCUAGUAUCAUACCUCUUCUCAUCUCUCCUACGCUUCACUUAAAAACCACCCACUGCCUUCUUCUCCCUUUCCUCACACCACCCACCGCCUUCUCCCUUCCCUCACCACUGACUCGACUUCUCACGUCUUUCCACCCUUCUGUGCUGGCCCACUGCACUCAUUCUCAUUCUCUCUCGCCUUCAAUACCAACAAUGGCCGAACAGCCAGCCUCUCUCGAGUCUCGUAUUGGAACGGUACCUGAAGCCCCCGUCGGCACUGCUGUUACUACCGAUCAAGCAUCCACCUCCACCACAACGCCUCCUGCCGUGGAGGGCUCGGGCCUCGAUGAGCCUCAAUAUGAAGUCGCUGUAAAGCUUGCCGACCUACAGGGGGACCCUAAUAGCCCCCUCUAUUCCGUCAAGAAAUUUGAAGAUUUAGGACUGUAAGUGUAUACUUGGUUCAUCCUCCAGUUAGUUGGUGAAUGGUUUGCGCUUUUGAAUCCGUUUUCCUUAGCUUUGGGUUGUUGGCUCUACUACAAUCCCUCGUGCAACUGACUCUUGUCUCAUCUUGCUACAGUUCCAAGGAGCUGCUGGAGGGUGUCUAUUUCAUGAACUUUAAAAAGCCGUCAAAGAUCCAAGAACGAGCACUCCCCCUCCUCCUGUCCGACCCCCCUACAAAUAUGAUUGGCCAAUCACAAUCCGGAACUGGGAAAACGGCCGCCUUCGUUCUGACAAUGUUGACUCGUGUUGACACGUCCGUCAACAAUGUUCAAGCACUCUGUUUGGCUCCGUCUCGAGAACUGGCUAGGCAGAUUAUGAGUGUUGUCCAAACUAUGGGUCAAUUUACCGACAUUAAAACUCAAUUUGCCAUUCCGAAUAUGGUACAGCGUGGCCAGAGGGUUGACGCGCAUAUUGUCGUUGGGACACCUGGCACGGUUCUCGACUUGAUUCGGCGAAAACAGUUACCGGUGGAACACCUUAAGGUUUUUGUGCUUGAUGAGGCCGAUAAUAUGCUUGACCAACAAGGGCUUGGCGAGCAGUGUCUCCGUGUGAAACAGUCAGAUCCCACCUUUUGCAGUUUAUAAUCCUUGGCUGCUCCUGAAGGUCUAACAUUUUUCCCUCCAGAAAUAUGCACGGGGAUACCCAGAUUGUCCUAUUCUCAGCAACCUUCCCUGACCAGGUUGUCCAAUACGCAAACCGGUUCGCUCCAAGCGCGAACCAGAUCACUCUGAAACACGAGGAGCUUACCGUGGAUGGAAUCAAGCAGCUCUAUAUGGAUUGCGAUAGUGAAGAUGACAAAUAUCGGAUAUUGAUUGAGCUCUAUCAUAUUUUGACAAUUGGGUCUUCAAUCAUAUUUGUCAAGGUAAUGGACCCGCUGAUUGUUAGCUGAUUUUAUGGGUGCGAAAGCUAAUCUGUUGUCCCAGAAACGUGAAACAGCAUCUGAGAUUCAGAGGCGAAUGGAAGCGGAUGGGCACAAAGUUGCUGCGCUCCACGGCGCACAGGAAGGCGCGGAUAGGGACAGAGUCAUUGAUGAUUUCCGUUCCGGGAAGGCUAAAGUUCUCAUUACUACCAAUGUUUUGGCCCGCGGUAUUGAUGUGGCGACCGUAUCCAUGGUGGUUAACUACGACAUCCCUCUUAACCAGCACCGCCGGCCGGACCCUCAGACCUACCUUCAUCGUAUUGGGCGAACCGGGAGAUUCGGGCGCGUGGGUGUAUCAAUCAGCUUUGUUCAUGACAAGCAAAGCUGGUCCGAGAUGAAUGAGAUAUCCAAUUACUUUGGUGUUUCCAUGACACGGGUUCCAACCAACGACAUAGACGUAUGUUCCCUCUAGAUUUCCGGUGCUAAUUUCACCCUACUGAUUGAUUAUUGGUAUGAUAGGAGGUUGAGAGAAUUGUCAACGAGGUUCUGAAAAGCAAGACGGCUGGUGCAGCUAAAUAGGGACACGUGUUUUUGAUGAGGGGUAAUGAUAGACGCUUGCAAACCAUGAUAGCGCCUCGUGUGGUUUGGAGAGAGGGAACAGAGUACCAUUAAGAGUUUGGAUGAUGGUCGGAGUUUAAAAGAGAAUCUUGUCUGCGCAUUUUUUUUUUUUUUGUUAAUUUUUUCCCUUUCCUUCUUUUCUUCCUUCUUCUUUGAAAUUCUGAAGGUUCUGUCUUGUACUGGUAUAUACCAUAGGGAGCGCCGAGAGGCGGGGGGUGGCGGCUCUUACUAGUUUAUCGUGCGAUGUCUGGGCCCUCGGGCUGUAGUGAGUGGCUAGUUGUGUUUGUAAAUUACUUUGAGUUGAUACAUUUGGAAAUGGUAGGAAAUAUGGCACUCCUUCUUUCCUUGUGGUAAGGUUU